GCUCCUUUUUCUCUAUAUUAAUAAGAAGUUCUGUUUUGAAAAUGUUGGAGGGUUUCCAGAUCUUGGUUCAGGAUACAACACACGGAAGAAUUCACAAGAUAAAAUAUGUAUAGACUAAAUACCCAAUAGUAUUUGAGGGAAAAAUAAUGUCUUCCUGCUGUUUUGAUAGCUAUGGAGUGGGAAAAGAUGUCAUUACACUUAAACCAAGUGAUUUGAUUUUUAUUUUUUCCGGAGGAGUCUUUACUUCAACGUAUUUCUUCCAAUGCAUAUUGCAUUUACAGAAAGAUUAAAAGACACAGUGUGAAAUACUCCUAUCAUUCUAAGGAUAGCAACAUUUACAUAAAUGUUAAAUUCACAUUCCAAAGUAGUUGAUAUUUUGAGAAGAGAAAAUUCCAUUAUUGAACCUUUUAGGAACAAGGAACUGAAAAAAUGGCAUUUUUCAAAAGUCUUCAGCAGAAUCUACCUUCAGUGUCCUCCCUGGUAGACACAAUCAGUAGUGCUGUAGAAGAUUUGAGCACCGCGGUUGGGGAAGUCAGCUAUGCGCUAACUGACUCAGUCGCUGGGCAGGUAGCAAGUAUGAUGCAUGGCUUUUGCCCAGAGGGGGAGAGCUGCGUGGCAGAAGAGGCUGCAGGGUCUUCUAAAGCCAAAAGUGCAGUAUUGGGGGAUACUUCCAAAAACACUGCUUGUCCAAAAACACAGUCUGAUAGAGAGCACAAAGCAAAGCAAAUGACCUAUUGUGACACUUCAGCUCCACAAAAGCAAGAACAGGAAAUGCACGAACAGGAAUUUUAUAUUCACGACGGAGAGUGGACACCCCCAGAAUACAAAGAAGCUGGAGGUGCUGGUGGGUCUGCUUUGCAAGGCUUCGUGAAUGAUGGGACACCAGCUGUCAAGCAGAAAAUGGGGGCUGCACCCACUUGUCAUGAACUGAAAGGUCCUGGCAGAUGUGAGACAGCUGGAGAAGGAGGCUCCAGGAAGGGUCAGAAUGGUUUAGAGGAGGUAAGUUCUCUAGCAGUGGACAGGCAUCUGAACACCCGUGGACAAGGCGCCGUGUCUGAGCAGAAGAGCGUGGCCAAAGCCAGACUGCAGCAUGUACCUGUGGGAGCAGAGCAAGAGACAUCGGGGAGCUUCUCUAAAAACAAACACCUCACUGAUUUGGAGCAUCCUCAUCAUUUAACAAAAACCAAAAAACAUAAUACACAUGAUGGAUUCAAAGAGAAUGAAUAUUCAGGAAACAAAAGUUCUCCAGAAGAUAACAGGAGAAACAGCAGACACAGGGCACAGAAAUCCAUUGUGAAGGAAUACACGGGUUCAGUUCCAUCAACAAAUUGUAAUAUUAAAUUUCCCGGGAAAAUCAAAGAAAAAAUAAAUCCAACGAAGUACUACAAAGUGAAAGGAGACAUAAAAACAAAGAAAAAUGAAGCUAAUUCUGCUAAGAGAGGAACAGCAAAGAAUAAAGUUGGCAAAUAUUCUAAGAUAUUACCAGAAAAAGAUAAUUCCUACAUGGACAGAGAUGAGCCUGGUUCAUCCUCUGAAAGUGAAGAUGAAGCUCUGGGUAAAUACCACGAGGCCUUAUCCAGAACUCACACUUCCAGGUGGCCAUUGGUGGACUCCAGACAAAAGAACUAUGCCUGGGAAACAAGGCAAAAGUACAGCCCUUUGUCUGCAGAGUACGAUGGGUACAGCAGUGAAGCAUCCGUAGAGGACGGAAGCUGCAUUCAGAGAAUGAGAAGGACACCUCCGUUGGAUGAGCUGCAGCCACCGCCUUACCCAGACGACAGCGGCUCCCCUCACCUCUCUUGCACACCGUCUGAAGUCGGGGAUGGGAAGCGUGAGGUUUCCCACUGCAGCAACAGCCCACGGUGUUCUUUCAACAAGUGCCCCAGCGAAGGAAGCACGGGGCAUGAGGCGGAGAGCUUCCACAACAAAGGAUAUGAAGAUGACGUCCCUAGUGACAGCACCGCAGUCCUCAGCCCGGAAGACAUGUCAGCUCAAGGAUCCUCCUCACAGCUUCCUAAACCUUUUGAUCCAGAGCCAGAAGCUAAAUAUGGCACACUGGACGUGACUUUUGACUAUGACUCACAAAGACAGAAGCUUCUGGUAACGGUGACAGCUGUCACAGACAUUCCAACAUAUAACAGGACAGGUGGCAACUCAUGGCAGGUACACCUUGUUCUUCUACCUAUAAAGAAACAGAGAGCCAAAACCAGCAUCCAGAGAGGACCAUGCCCUGUCUUCACAGAAACUUUCAGAUUUAACCACGUUGAAUCGGAGAUGAUCGGAAACUAUGCAGUUAGGUUUAGACUAUAUGGUGUCCAUCGUAUGAAGAAAGAAAAGAUUGUGGGGGAAAAGAUUUUUUAUUUAACAAAGUUGAAUCUUCAAGGGAAAAUGUCGUUACCGGUGAUACUGGAACCUUCUUACAAUCCUUCUGGCUGUGACUCCCAGGUGAGCUUGUCAGAGGUGUCCUGUGGGGAAAGUACAUCCUCCUGUCAGUCUCUUGAACAUGGCUCCGUUCCAGAGAUCCUCAUCGGACUCCUCUACAACGCCACCACUGGAAGACUGUCAGCAGAAGUGAUCAAAGGCAGCCACUUCAAAAACCUGGCAGCAAACAGACCACCCAAUGGACUGUUCUGUUGUCUAAAACACUUGAUAGGUGGACAGGUUUAUAUAAUCCGAGAUACAUAUGUUAAGUUAACACUGCUGAACUCCAUGGGCCAGGAGAUGUCCAGAUGCAAGACAUCCACCCGCAGAGGGCAGCCGAACCCGGUGUACAAGGAGACCUUUGUUUUCCAAGUGGCCUUGUUCCAACUUUCUGAUGUGACUCUCAUACUGUCUGUGUAUAACAGGCGCAGCAUGAAAAGAAAGGAGAUGAUAGGCUGGAUCUCCUUAGGUCUGAACAGCUCUGGGGAGGAGGAGCUCAGACACUGGACUGCAAUGAAGGAGUCCAAGGGACAGCAAGUGUGCAGGUGGCAUGCCCUGCUGGAGUCCUGAGGAAGGCAGCUGUGAGCCAGCGCUGCCGUUGUCUCCUGGUCGCCGUCAGAGGAGCUGUUCCCUGGAGAGUCCUCGUCCACGCCCUGUCACCGUGCCCCACACUUACAGAAGAACCAUCCAGUGCUGAGCUGAGGGAAGGAGGCUCUGUCUCUAGUAGGGCUCUCAUGAAAAACCAUGAAACUUGUAUCCGUAGUGUCCAGCAGUCCUCCAGAAACUGAGUAACAUGCUUUUGAUUUGAAGUUUAUUUUAUUCACUGAAAGAGCUAGGAAUUUCGUGGAGAUUGUGAUUUCAACCCAGAAUUUCCAUUGCAGCACUACAUAUCAUCGUCCAUAUGCUAUCUGUAAAGCAUUAUGAGGGCCAGUCCUUGGGUAGAUCUCAGUGAUAUCUCAAGGUUCAUUUACACUGAUGAUACUGUCGUUUCAGAUAUGCUCUCUCUGUGCCUCAGCCUUUCUUUAUAGUACUAAACCCAAGUGCAAAAUUCCCUCCAGGAAAGUUUAAGGUUGGUUUAUUUCUUUACUUCCUUCUUUUUUCUGAUCCAAAGAGACUGUGCCCCAUUGGUCCCUUGCAAACCUUUCUGAUGGUACUGCAGAAACUUCACAACUUUAUGUUCAAGGCCUUUGUGUACUAUAUGUUCCAGUAUAGAAAGUGGUAGAGCAAACCCCUCCUUUGGAAUUGCUUUCAGGGGUGUGUCUGUCCAGCCGUGGGAUGUGGCAGACACGGUAGGUAGAUAGCUGUUGAAAAUGGAAGACAAAGGAAUUCUGUCUGUCUGUUCCAAGUGUCCAGUCUUCAUCAGGAGUAAAGCAGGGUUAGCAUCAAACCCGAAGCUCCUGGAGCCCUCACUCAGCCCCAUUUCUUGGUUCUCAGCUUUAAUCCAGUUAGGAUCAUUAUUCUGCGGUCCCUUGUGCUCUGGUGACCUGUGCUGUGUUUUGUGGUGUCUUCAGCGUGAUGUCACUCUGUGCCUUUCAUGCAAGUUGACCUUGCUUACACAACUGGGAAGCAGUAUCUGCAAAUCUGGCCUUCAGCACGCGUAGGUGUGAAGCUCCUUGGCAGUGCCGUGUCCUUGCCCCUGUCUGCAGCAUGUGAGGCUGUGCACUGUGCUGGCCUCCACAGGCCGAGCACAUUCCUGUCCUGUAUUCAUAUUUAGAAACCAUAGGCCAAUUGGAUAUAAUAUAAGCUAUUUUCUUUUCAUUUUUCUCCUUACCUAACAUAAAAUUUUAUGCAUACACUUUACUAGAGUAUGUUUUAUGUACAUGAAAUUAUUUUCAUUUUGCUCUUUCUCAUUUCUAGUUAAACUAGACAAAAAAAUGUUUACCAAUUAGUGAAAAGCUGUGUCACGGUUGUUCCAACCCCAGCUGAGCACUCUGGACUGUUACUGUGAACCAGGACUCAUCAAUACCAUGCUGACACAGCCACACACUGAUUUAUUAAAUGUGGCAGUACUGAAAGGCCUUAAAAAUCGCACGCAAGAGACCAUGAACUUCUACAUUUUUAGCUUAAAAGAAGGCAUCUCUGUGCUUUCAAACAGCAUUUUAAGGGGAAAAAUACAAAUAGGAAGCAUGGAGUUAGUUUUCAGAGCCCAGCUGAGCUCACCCCUAUACCCAGCAUAGUGGCUUAUCCCUGUAAUACUAGCACUGGGGAGGCUGAGGCAAGGGGAUUGCUGUGAGUUUGAGGUCAGCCUGGGCCACAUAGUCCCAGGCCAUCCUGGACUACAAAGAGAGAACUGUCAAAAAAUAAAAAAUAUGUCAAAAAGGUGAUUUGGAAAGAAAGCAUUGGGACUGGGGAGAUGGCUCAGCCACUAAAGGCCAGGUUCACAGCCAAAAAGAAAAAGAAAGCAUCCUUCUGUCAUUCUUUCAGAGAGAUUUUCAGGAGUUUGUUGUUAUUUUAAAUAAAGUGGAUAAGGUUAGAAAUUAAACCAUGAACAAGAAGCAAAAAUAGUUGUUUUUUUAAGUGUUGUUGAAGAACAUAGUAAGGCAAAAUGUGAAGAAGGCUAUUAGGUUACACUGAAAAUUGGGUGCAGGCAUUUGAUGCUACAGGGAGCUUUUGCUGUCUUUGAAACAAUCAACUGCAUGACUAACAAUGGUUGUCUUCCUAAUAAAGUCACUGGUCUUCUUUGUAAGGAAGUUCAAGUCGACAUUAUAAGACCAGCUUGGUGCUUUCACUGUGUGGAGAGGAAAACCUGUUACUUGUUAAACCUCCUUCUGGAGACUGCCCAGAACUGUGUACUGCCCAAGUUCCUCAGGGGUAUCCGGUGCAAGUGUCACUACUCAUGUGUGGCCUGGAAAGAGAUUUCAGUCUUCUUUAACGUCAGGACAGCCCUCCAUCCAUCCCAUGUUCCAAGUCCUCAAUGAUUACAAAUUAUAUGUGUGCACAUAACGCACACACACAACACAGCAUGCCAUGUGCGUACAAAGGUGAAGGUGCCCCGCCUUCUCACGUAGCUGAAUAGAAAGGCGUUUCUCCAGAUCAUGGAUUGCUUUUUUCUCUUCUAAAAUUUCUAAAUGUGAUGUUAGGUUUGGAGCCGAAUGCUGUCAUUCUGCCGGAUAUACACAAAUAUGCAUCUUUUUCUCUCCUACAAUUUAACACAAAUACUUCCCCAAAUUAUCUGAGCCACAGAUGUUGACUUGGGAACCAUUCUGCUAAAGUCAACAGUUGACUGGAACACGGGGUAUUCUCAGCCUCCCCAGUGCGGCUGUUGAUUGUUGUCCGGCCUCCCAGAAGUUUCUGUCAUUUUGGAGCCAGAGUAGCAGCCACCUUUAAUUUGAAGUAAGAUUGCACAUUAUCUCACUGCAUGUGAAUUCCCUAUAGUGUUGCGUUCACUAACGAAAGUAACUCAUUAGAUCUUGUUUUAAGAAAAACUACUUAAACUUCCUGGAUGACGAUGCUGCUGCUGUGAAGUUGGGUGUUGUUAGGGGGUGUGAUCUGAUCUGUGCAAACACAGCCAGCUCUGUGUGUUAUACCACUGCUUCCUCCCUGAACUAACUGGGAGCAUGACCAGUGCCUGGGAGUCUGAUUGCAUCAACGGGCAAGCAGAAGCAGAAUCCAGGCUGUUCCUGGCAACGAGGAAUACAAAUGAUAUCCCAGAUCUUUGAGGGAACUAAGAACUAGGGGAGCUAUUUGAAGUGUGCACAGUAGAAGGCCAGUGGUCACCAACCGUUCUUUUCAAAAUCCUUGUCCAGGUAUCACUAGAAAGGACACAAAGCUGCCAUUUAUCUCCAUAGACUGGAGAAUUCAUAGAAAAAAAUUCGCAUUGCUAGUUGUUAUUCAAAGUUUCUCUCUCUUACUUUCUCUAUAACCCAUUUCUUCCUCUUCAUCUGUCAACUGAAAGUGGCCAUGCGUGUCCCUGUCGCCAGCCAGUCUGACACUGAAAUAAGGUGAGGCAUGCAUUGAGGCACUUAAGACUCCCUCCAGAGCUAAAGUGCUGCUGGUGGUUAUAGCUGUGGCUUAGUAAAGAACUGGGACAGUAAUUUUUUUAUUUAUUUGACUCUCACAACAUAUGAGAGGCGAGUAACAUCGCCAGCAUUCUAUCUGUGAAGAAGCUGGUGUCUGGGGAAGCAGAGCCGACCCCCUAAGGCUGCCCCUCUUUGAGGAAAACCGCCCUAGAAGCGGCAUGACUCCAAGCCCACUCGUGCACAUUACAUCCUCACCAUCUCUGUCAUGAGUGAAGUGAGCAGCACUGGCCUGGGCAAGUCCUGCCCAGCUUGUUUGAAUGGCAGAGACAGGCCCCAGAGAGUAGAGCUUAGAAAGCAAAAUGACGGUUGAGGGGGCUUGCCUUCUCGGGACACAAGCGGUACUUAAUUCACAGCCAGCUUCCUGCCCCUUCAUUGUCGGCAAUUAUGUGUCCCAGAGUCUCCACCAGCCCUUCUGCUAAGAGGGGCACGCAGCAAAUACUGAUGAGUGAAAUCUCUGUGGCAGAACCUGUACUCCUGUUGUGAAAAUCUUCCUUUAUGAACCUUGUUCGCUGACUGGGUUUCCUCUUCUCCAUUUACUAUAUAUAUAUAUGAGAAUCCCAGCUGUGUGCUGUGUGCUGUUGUAGGGCUACAACUGGAUGGACAGUCUUCCCUCAUCAUCUUGUAUUCUACAGUAAGGAGACCGGCAUGGGAUGGUGAUUUUUGUUGUUGUUGUUGUUGUUGUUAGAUAUGAGGUGUAGAGAAAGGUCACUGGGCUUGAUCAGGAAGUAAACCGUGAGUUCAGCAAUACCCCUAGAAGAUGAGAACAAAAUGUGGGUUGGACUACCACCAAACUCCCCCAAAAAACACAGACAGUGGUUCCCAGUGUGUAGUGUAUGUAAGAGUUCACUCUAGGUUCUAUCCGGAGAGUCUUUCUCACGUGAUGUAGAGGAAAGCCUGUGAGUUCAGGCUGAAUGAGCUCUCCAGGAAAUCCCACCUGGGCAGUACUGGGAUAUAACACUUAGUUUCUAAUCUGCAGUUGUUGGCAGCAGUUUCAUCGAUUUCAACCCACAGAUUAAAUCUUAAUGUGGGAGUGGUAAGGUGUGUAGUUUCUGGGUAACUGAGAAAGCAGCUUCUUGAGGAUGAAGAAUCUUAGACCGUUGUGUCCUAUUCUCUCCUUCCGAUCUCUCUCAUGUUGCUUUCAAAGAACAAUUUCCAAACAUACAGAACUGACGCUAAUACCAUAAAGUUAGAGGACAGCCUUCUUAAAGGCAGGGAUGGCAUUUUGGCAGUUUUGUUGGAAAAAUAGCUAAAGAUAUUGAUAUUUCCUGCCAUGCGCUGGCAUAUCUUGGCUGAGGGGAGACAAGGACAACUGGCGAGUACACAACGCUGCUGACGUGUUGUGAGUGAUUAUUUCAAGCACGGCUGGAAAGGUAUGGUGGUGCUCCCAAAUAGUUUGAGCUUAUCAGGAGAAAAGCUACAGUAGUAACAUAUUUUAAAUUUUUAUUUAUUAUGUUUCUACAUAGUCUUACUACAAUAACUUUCUGGUGAAAAUAAUACAGCAAUUCUGAGGCAUUUUAAAGCUGAUACCAAGGGGACAGCCUUCGCCUUAGUUGGCAGUGACUGCCAUAUCCCAGCAACUUGGCUGGACUUGCACCUGACUUCCGAAAUAAGGUAGUGUGUCAGAACUGCUUCUCAGUGCGUGAGCUAUGAAUUUUAAGAGUCUGAUAAGUAUUGGGAGCUAGUCUUUUUCUAAAACUCAAGAGGUUCAUCACUGCUUGGAACUUCUGCACUGGGACUUCGCUUCUCAAAAUGUAAUUUUUAUAGAAAAGCUCAAUCCAUGGAUCUUUUUAUUCAGUAUCUCCUUCUCUCCCUCCCUUCCCCAUCCUCUCUCCCUCUCUUCCUCUCUUCCUUUCAGUUUCUGAGGCACGGAGCUUCCUUAAUAGUCUAGUUUCUAUGGAGCUUUCUUACUUAUUUUUCUAAUAAUAGGUGUAACCAAAUGAUGAUGUUUAACUGCUCCGUGAGCAGAACUGUCUCAACCAACCCGAAGAAACGUGCUGCCUAUCGGUGUUUCCUUUGGUCUCAACUGUCUGCAGCCUGUUUGCUAGUGACUCUCCCCAUGAGUGGGCUUUGCUCUUGUACAUAGUAUGUCCAUGUGAUCAUCAACAGUGCUGUGUUGUUGUCACACGUUUAUAUGCACUCGAUCAAAACUAAAAGCUGACAAGUGUGUGAGCCAUCAUUUUGUAGAGUGAACGGCUGAACCACCUUCCUGUCACCGGAGUUGCGCCGUGCGUCUGUCCGUCCGUUGCCUUUAACUCUCAUAACUUCUUUUGUACUCUCUACACCGACUAUUGCGGUGCCUUUUUCCUUUUGUAUAAUUGUAUUACAUAAAGAAAUUGCUGACCUGUGUGUAAAAAUGUCAAAAUUACACCAGUCCAAGGAGAUUUUCAUGGCAGUUCAAUUUUCCAGAGAAUAAAUUUUUUGUGUGCAUUAAAAGUUACUUUUCUUCACAUUUAUCUUAAAAAGGAAGUGUUCCAGUUUUAGCAUUCAUGUGGAGUAGAUAAACUUCUUCAAUGCUGAUACAUAAAACUCAUCCCUAAUUCUCAACUGGCCACAGGAUGUUAACAUGACUGUUACAUACACAAAUAUCAAGUGGGUCUGUGUGUCCCCAAGACUGGGUUUGAAACGAAUCACAUAUGCCAUCAAAUACUGUUGUCAGAGUGUUUGGAUCAUAUUUUUUUACUGUGAGUCAAAUCUGACCUCUCAAGGAAAGCACACUCCAGGCAAACACUCUAAAGUGAUUCCUUGAAAGUUCAUAUAAAUCAAGAAUGGAUGAAGUUGCUUCAGUAGGCUGGGCUCCUUAGCUGGAAUGUGGCAUGGAUCCCAUUACCUAGCUUUGUCUUUCUCUGGCUGUGAGCCUGUCCUCAUUCCCUUGGAUUCCUGUUAACAAGCCCCUUUUCUAAAGGUAACAGUAUAAAGUAUAUUGUCUACCAAGACCUUGCAUGUAGGUUCAUGUUACAUUUCCAUGUCUAUUUUGUUUCUAAGAGGAUAAGAACCAGUGUUAACACAUACUUAGGCAUUUGGUGGUCUAGUCUGAUAGAAAUUCAAGUUGCUACAUCACCUUAUUUCUGAUGGAUUGUCUUUGAAUCCUGAGUUCCAUCAACUGACCAGCCUUUUCUUUUUCUUUGGCUUUUUGAGAUAGUGGAGCACCAGUACCUACUUGGUCUGUUUGUGUUUGUUUGUUUUUGGUAAGGAAUCAUCUCUAUUAAACACAAUGGAAAUGCAUUUGUGCUCAAAAUAAAUAUAUUUGUAACAA